UGUAAAUAGAUUUGUUCUCUGCCACAAUUUACAUUUUGUUUUGUAUUUGAAUGAUAUUGUUAAUGAUUUGUUCGGGUUUAGUGCUAAAAUCAAAUCAAUUCUUUUAAUUUGGAUAACAAAAAAUAUUGUUGGAAAUGGAUCAAAAAGCUGAUUUCUCUGAUAAGCAGACAAACAUGGACAACGGGUCAAAAAAUGCAUGCUCCCAAAGUAUGGAUGUUGUCACACAGCCCCCACACACGAACACAGAGAUUCAAAGAAGUGAAUAUCAUCAAGCACAAGCAGAAACAGCUUCAACGGUGGUUGAUGAGACAUUUCGAAGGUUAUCACUAAAAGAGAUGGACCCGUUGGAUCAGAACAGGUGGUCGCCAAAAGAUUUGACAAUAUUCCAACAUCCAAUGUGGUUGAUCAGUUCCAAAAUUGAGAAAAACGAAGCAGGUAAAGAAACCAAGACACUCCUUAAGAUCGAAGAAGAAGUAUUUGAUCAAAUAUCAAAGAUAGAUUGGCCAAUAGUUGUUGUAGCCGUUGCAGGUUUGUCCAAAACUGGAAAAUCGUAUCUAAUGAAUCGUCUGGCUAAGUCGAGCAAAGGUUUUGAAGUGGGAGAUACGAUUGAAAGAACAACCAAGGGCAUUUGGGCAUGGUGUAAAAUACAUCCCACUCAGUCGAACACUGUUCUGUUGCUUCUUGAUACCGAAGGACUUGGCGAUAAUGAUAAGGGUGACCCAAGUCAUGACAACAAGAUUUUUACCCUAGCGACACUUCUUUGCAACUGUUUAGUUUACAACAUGAAGGGAACGUUUGAUUACGACACCGUCUCCAAACUCACAUUUGUAACAGAAAUGGCAAGUAAUAUUAGAUUUCGGGGACUAUCGUCUAAGGAUAACCAGUCAAUCAAUUUAAUACUUCCUGACUUCGUUCUCUGUUUGAGAGAUUUCACUCUCAAAUUGAUGAAAGAUGGGAAAAAGAUAUCAGAAAACGAGUAUCUUGAGCAAAGUUUAGCGGAGGACGAAAACAAAACAGAACAGUUCAACAAACCAAGAGCAUGCAUCAGAAACAACUUCCCGAGACGCGAAUGCUUUGCUUUCCCAUUUCCAUGUAAUAUUGAUGAUCUUGAGAAACUUGAAACUUUGAGCUUGAAUGAUUUAUCUGCCAGGUUCCAGGAAGUAACAACUCGGUUUACAUCCUAUAUAUACACAAUACCACCGAAGGAGUUGCUAGGCAGUAAACCAUUAAAUGGACAAAUGUUCAUAACAUUAGCUGACCACUACGUUACAGCUAUAAAACACGGCGCUGUACCAGAUGUUGAUGACGCAUUCGAAGCUGUAGCGAAAAUGGAAAAUACUAAAAUUGCAAAAAAGGCUCUUAAAAUCUUUGAAACUGAAAUGGAAAAAGAAAAAUUGCCAGUCUCUGAAGGUAACUUGUGGAAACGUUACACAAGGGCACAGGGAAAAUCGCUUCAUUACCUUCGGCAGAAUGCUUUUCAUGAUUUUAAAGCAAAAUGUGAAAUUCAAGCUCAGAGGAAAAUGGAUACAACUUGGAACAAGAUAAAAACAAUUAAUGAGCAAAAAAUUCAAGAAGAAUGCGAGAAAACACUGAAAAACGUGUUUGAGAAAUAUCUUGUACAUAAUCUAAAAAAUCGAGAGUAUGAAACAGCAGGUGGUCAUCGGAGAUACAAGCGUGAUGUUGAAAGAGCCAAGGGUGAAUAUGUCAGUGUUCUCAGAGAAUUCAAGCAGACCGAGGUUUACGAAAAUUUUGACAUUGUUUUUCUAUUUCUUUUUACCUUUAUUUUUUUAGUCGAUUUACUGAACAGGUUACUGCUAAAUGAAUUCAGAAAUUUCUUUUUUACUUUUAACGGCUAAAUGAAUAAUACUUUUAUAUUUAGAAAACACAUUUUCUCUUUUCAAAAAUAAUAUCAGUUUACCUGAUUCGCAAAUAUCACAAAUGUGCCCAUUUCUGAUACAUGUAGUAUGAUGGUUGUCGUGUAUUGCUUUCCAUGAAAUAUUUAACACAAAAGAGACUAAACGUGAACUUUAUGAUAAGUCCCUUAGAAAAAAUAUUGCUUCCAUCUGAUUUUUGAAGUAAUAACAGCUGACUGAAAUUGAAAUAUUUAAAUAGCCUCUUUUCAGAAGCUAUAAUGACCAGAUAUUUGACUCGAACCAUUAAGUAUUGCUUAAAGAGUCAAGAUUCAUCAUGUUAAAUUAACUCAUAUUGGACAUAUUUGAUUUCAAUCUUCAAGUAUAUAAAUGUCUAUAGCAUUAUCUAGUUUGUCUCGUCACAUUCAUGUGCAAUAUACAAGAGCCUAAAAUGGCCUCGCUCCGGUGACAUCUUUUUCUUUUGAUUUUGAAGAUUUACUAUUAAAUAUUUCGUACAGAAACAGCAAUGCAUAAACCUUAUUAGUAUGCCAUGUAUAAUAACUGUGUUGCGAAUUAAACC